AUGGAGAAGGCCAAAGAUUUUGAGAAAAAAAGAAAUCUUUGCGAGCUCGGCCUGAAAUACACACAGGUUUCCAGUGCCCACGGAUUUUCCUUUGUUGGGAACACGGAACUUCCCUGGUAUGAUCGCUUAUUUUGGUUCUUCAUUGUUAUUGCAUUUACUAUUAUCUCUGUUUAUAUCACAGUCACGGGUUUCAAUGAAUGGAGAGAAAAUCAGGUUCUCACCACGCUCACAAGCUCAGCGGCUCCAAUUAGUGGUGAAACAUUUCCUACAGUAACAAUAUGCAGCCAAGGACUGGACCUGGAAGCGGUUGGGAAUGCACUUUUAAGGGAUUUUGAAGAAUGGAGACUGGAAAAUGAAAAAGACAAAAACUCUUCAAUUACUGAUGAAGCUGCAGCGACAGAUCUUGCGAUGAAAGAAUAUAUUUCAGCUAAAUUUAUGAUCUCAAACGAAACAACCAUUGAUUUGUUUGAUCUAGUUUAUGCUAUGAGUUCCAGCAACAUUGAGAAAACUAUGAGCGUGAGCCAGCUUCAUCUGAAUCUAGAUCAAAUUAUCCUAGUAAACGGCUCAAUAAAGAGUAGUGUUGACACAUCACAAAGUGUACCAAUCCAAAAUACUGAAAAUAUUCAACUUACUGCAACAGAAGUAGCAAAUGAAGCGAUCACAACUCCUUCUGAAACUUCUGAAAAUUACCAAUCUACUGCAACAGAAGUAACAAAUGAAGCGAUCACAACUCCUUCAGAAACUUCUGAAAAUUACCAAUCUACUGCAACAGAAGUAACAAAUGAAGCGAUCACAACUCCUUCAGAAACUUCUGAAAAUUACCAAUCUACUGCAACAGCAGUCACUAAUGAAGUGAUCACAACUCCUACAGAAACUUCUCAAAAUUACCAAUCUACUGCAACAGCAGUCACUAAUAAAGCAAUCACAACUUCUGCGCAAACUGCAAUUGAUAAUGAAAAAGAAAAAAACACUGACAAUAAUGGAGUAAAUGGAAGCAGAACUAGGAGAAAGAGAGCAGUGACCGAAAGUGACAAUAUUCCUUCUGAUCUGGAGACAAUAGAUCUAUUUUUAAACCCAGACAAGUCACAAACCAGAACAAGUGAAGCAAAGCUUAAAUCCGAUGAUACACAAUCUUUUAUCACAAAAAACAUCAAGAAAAUAUACGAAGAAAUUUUUAAACUGUUGUGGUACUCUAAACUUCCUUGCUCUCCAACAUAUGUGAGCAGUAACAGCUUGAUACAAAAUUGCCAGUUUGGAGGUAAAGCGAUGGACUGCAGGAAAAUAUUCAAACCUUCACCAACAGACAUAGGAAUAUGUUGUGCUUUUAACAGCCAGGAAACCCUUCGUGAAUCCAACUACACUAGAAUGCUAAACCAGUUAAAUUACAAAGAUAUGGAAGGUUUCAAAGAUAUUCAAAAAGACCCACUCUCUAUCAUUACAGGAAAAGGAAAUGGCUUAUCCUUUAUGCUGGAUCAACAUUCAGAUAUCAUCAGUUUUGGAACCGUUGAGGGAGAUGCGAAUGGUUUUCUAAUGUAUGUUGGAGAAUCAGAUGAGUUUCCAACACUUCAGGUUAAAUCUCUAAUGUUAAAUGCCGGAAGUAAUCACGACAUAGAAAUAGUACCCUAUUUUGUAACAACAAGUUCAGAUUUGGAUUCUAUGGAUCCUGAGACCCGAACUUGCUUUAAAAGGGAUGAGAAGGAUUUGUACUUUUACUCAAAGUACUCUCAGUCAAGCUGCAGGUUUGAAUGUUCGCUGUUAUUGGCAGAGCAGGAGGAAGGAUGCAUCCCAUGGUAUCUGCCUCAAAGAAACAAUGGUACGCCCUGUGACCCGUGGAAAUCUAGUAAGUUCCGACAAACAAUGAAAAAACAGAAAGUUGGCUCUUGCAACUGUUUACCCGACUGCACUGCAACAUUUUAUUCAUCCAUCAAGUCCACAUCUGCAAUUAGACCUUGUGAUUCCAAGAACCUGAACCAGAGUCCAAUGUGUGAUCUAGAAGAUCCAGUUCUCCCAAACAUUUAUGGGAACGAGAUCAACAAAACUUACCAAGAACUAGUAGAAGGUGCUCCUGCGUAUCUGAAAAAUAAGCUUGGUUCAGCACGAUAUUACUAUAAAACAACAACUCUUAGAAAUAUGGAAAUAUUUUCAGAAUUAAAACAGGACAUGAGCUCGUAUGAUGCUUUCUCUAAGGAUGUAUCAACAGUUACUGUUUAUUUUGCCCAACCAACAGCUUUACAAUAUGAGCGAAUAGAGUUCAAAACUGCCUUAAGUUUUCUUUCAGAUAUUGGAGGUAACUUUGGUUUAUUUCUUGGAUUUAGCUUUCUGUCUUUUCUAGAAUUGAUCUAUUGGUUUAUCUACAGGUUUACAUGUAAUCCAUAAUAAACUGGAAUCAUUUAAUCAUUUGAGUUUUGUUUAGUAAAUUUAACUAUAAUGUACGUAUAAUAUCAAAUCAUAUUGAAUCAUUUGUUCUGUGCUUU